AUGAUCCAGAGGCAAGCAGCCAGCAAGAUCUUCAUGUGCAGGAUGAUGCUGUUUUGUUUUGCAAUGCCCUGAAGGAGCUGCUGGAUUAACUGAUGCACUUGAUGGGUAUAUGGAGGUUCCUCUUCCCCUGCACUGCUCUCCAUUUUUGAGAAGAAAAAGCCAGGCACCAGCAGCAGGAUCAUGCCUCGAACAAAACAGAUCCACCCUAAAAACCUAAGAGAUAAAAUAGAAGAAGCACAAAAAAAGCUGAAUAGUCCAGAGGAACCCCAAAAGGAAAUUGCAGACAUUGGUUCCAGAAGUUGUUUGGAUGCAGUUAAAGGCAUCAAGAGGAAAAAAAUUGUUACGGAAAAUCAUCUUAAGAAAAUACCAAAGUCACCACUGAGGAAUGUUUCUAAAGAUAAGCAAAGGAAUGAUGUAGAUACCUUCAUUGCUCCCAGCAAUUAUCCUUGUGUCUCUGGUGACUCAAAAUAUAAAGAACUUUUACCCAUCCGAAAUCAGAAGCAAAAUAAAGUUAUCAGUUCAGAGUCCAUUGUGCAAUCUGUUAAGUCUGGGAUUUCAAUGCAGGCUAAAAAGCUUUCUGUACCCCCAGAUUUAUGCAACGGGAGAAGUGAAGACCAAGAAUUCGGGAACAAAAUGACAUUAUCAAGGGAGAGGUCUACUACAGGGUCUUCACCAAGCAAUCAGAAAAGUGCAAACAUCCACUCUGAGAAUGUAAACAAACAGUAUCCAUGUGCAAAUUCAGCUUUUGAUGUUUUAUUAAAAGCUAUGGAGCCUGAACUCAAUACCUUAAGCCAAUCUUGGCCACCUUGUGGGACACAGACUGAAAAACAAGGACACAACAAGAUUCCAGCACCUCCAUUGAAACCUACAGCUUCAAACUCAUCCACUUUCUCUCAGCGUGAAAUGAGUGCGAGACAUUUGCACUACAAUCGUGCUAGCCAAGGGAACCAGCUAUGCAUGCCAGCCAAGGGUUCUCCGCAUGCAGCGUUUCAUUCAGGUACUGAACAGGAACAGAUGCCUUUUGAGGCCAGACUGCAAAAGCAGCAAUCUUCUUCAUGUCUUAGUUAUUCUUCCUCUCUGGAAGCUACUAAACACCAGCAAGUUUACCAUGUUGCUGUUACUUCUUCAGUAGUUCACCCUUCAUCAUCUACUGUAACUCAGGUUCUUCCUUUACCAGGAAACUCUUCUUCCUCAACUAGUCACUCAAGCCUGUCGAUAACUUCCACGUAUAGUCUAGCUCAAGUUACUUCACUUCUUAGCGGGGAGCAAAUGUGCAAUAUUGUUCUGAAAGAACAAAAGCCAAAAAAACAAGGUAAAUACAUAUGUGAAUAUUGUAAUAGGGCGUGUGCAAAACCCAGUGUUCUCCUAAAGCACAUCCGUUCUCAUACUGGGGAACGCCCAUACCCUUGUGUAACAUGUGGAUUUUCUUUCAAAACAAAAAGCAAUUUGUACAAGCACAAAAAAUCUCAUGCACAUGCAAUCAAGGUUGGACUUGGCCAAAGGCCAGAUUCUGGAGUUUCGCAUGAUGCAGAAAAAGCACUUUGUAUUCAUUCGGAUGUAGAUGAAAGUGGAGAAAGUGAGGAUGAGUAUGCAUCCGAGGAAAGGCAAGAUGAUCUAACGUCUCCUAGUCUAGAAUGUUGCGAAACUGUAAAUAUGUUAUCAGAAAAAGAAGAUAUGUCGCAGAAAGAAAGUCAGACUUCAAACAGUCCAGUUGCAAUGUUACAAGACAUUUCAGAAGAAGAUAAAAAUGAAGACUCAAGACUGACUGAAUUACCAAAAGUAGUUGUUUAUCCAGUCAGUAUUUCUCCUUUACGAGCUGACAGCCCCAAAGUGCUAGAAUCCACUUCUGAACAUUUCAUUGCACAGAUGCCUGAAAUCAAAACAAAAAACAAGAACCCAAAAGUGCUGCGGAUAUAUUCAUUAGGUGAAAUAGAGCAGUCUUCCCAAAAUAAGUGUGAUUUGGUUCAAGAAGGAGAUAAAAAAACUCAAAAUAUAGUAACUUCCCAUGCACAGCUGCAGAGACAGCAAGCUACCGAUUGUUCUCAAGAACAGCAGAAUAAAUGCCUUCUGAGCCCCCGAAGCCUAGGAAGCACUGACUCUGGUUAUUUUUCACGCUCUGAAAGUGCAGACCAAGCAAUGAGCUCACCAGCUCCUUUCCUAAAACUCUUGCCCACAUCUGAUAAAGACAUUUCCAAAAAUGUAAUCCCCAUGGCACCUACAGUUGCUCCUGUGUUACAAGCAGUUCAAACAGUAUGUGUUGAGAAACAAACCAUUACUGCAGGAACAAUGAGACCACCUUUAGGAACAAGAACACUUGAGGAACGAAUUUCAAAAUUGAUAUCAGACAAUGAAGCUGUAGUAGAUGACAAGCAACUAGAUAGUGUCAAACCUAGGAGAACAUCCCUCUCUAGAAGAGGCAGCAUAGAUUCACCAAAGUCUUACAUAUUUAAGGAUUCCUUUCAGUUUGAUUUAAAACCUGUAGGGAGACGAACCAGCUCAAGUUCAGACAUACCAAAAUCUCCAUUUACUCCAACAGAAAAAUCUAAGCAAGUGUUUUUUCUUUCAGUUCCUUCCCAGUAUCCUUCAAUGGACUGUUUGCCGAUUACUAGAAGUAAUUCAAUGCCAACAACUGGUUAUUCAGCCAUUCCACCAGGCUUGCCACCUUCUCAUCCUCUUCGUGUUAGUCAAUCAUUUGAUGAAAAAAUAGGUACUCUUUAUGAUGAUGUGUUUGUAUCAGGACCUUCCACACCUCACCAAAGUGUUCAUCCUCGUACACUUGUUAGACAAGUUGCAGUAGAAGACUCCUCAACAUCUGAGCACUAUGGUCUUGGACCAGCACGGUCAGUAGAUGAAAGUUAUCACAGAAGCAAAACAUCAUCUGAUGUUUUGCUUCCCAGAAGCAAAUCCUUUGUACAAGGCUCCAGUUUAGACAAGAAUAAAAAGGCACAUCAAGGCAGAGGUACCAUGUUUGAGUGUGAAACAUGUAGAAAUAGAUACAGAAAAUUAGAAAAUUUUGAAAAUCAUAAAAAGUUUUACUGUUCUGAACUACAUGGACCAAAGAGUAAAACAGUGUCUCGAGAAGCUGAGCACAGUUCAACAGCAAACAUUUCACAGCCUCAAGUUCUUCACUAUAGAGUUGGUAGUUCAGCUGGAACAUCAGAGCAACCUCUGCAAAUAAGAAAAAGAAGAAAGAUGAAAAGUGUAGGAGAUGAUGAUGAGCCACAACAAAGCAAUAGCCGUACAGCUCCUGACAGUAUGGAAGCAAGCUGUACAAAGAAUUCCUCAACUAUUACAAUUCUGGGCUCACAAUCAUGUACUGUUUCAGCAAUCAGUUCUCAAAUACAGUUGGUACCAAGGAGCACAGAGCCAACUAUUGAUGUUAAUGAGCCAACAGUGGAGAAAAACACAUGUUUAGUUUCUCAUGAAAACGUGGAACUGAAAUGUCAAGGAACUGGAAUUUCUGUAAUUCAGCACACAAAUUCAUUGAGUAGGCCUAAUUCAUUUGAGAAAUCAGAAUCUGUUGAAAGAGUUUCACCUGUGCCAUUUUAUGAAAUUAAUAAAGGUAGUGUGAAUCAUUCUUUUGGUGCAACUGCUAUUCAUGAAGAAAGGUCUGUUUCUUCUUCUCAGAAUUCUCCUAGUAGGUCAGCUGAAAUACCAGUGGUUCAUGAAAGUCAAAGGGGAACCUCUAGUGAAAGAACUGCUUUAAUUACACAGUCUCGUCUAGUGCGCCAACAUAAUAUUCAGGUACCAGAGAUAUUGGUUACAGAAGAGCCUGACAAAGAGCCAGAAAAUCAAUCAAAUGAUCAAGAAACACAAGAGAAAUUUAGCUGGCCACAACGUAGUGACAGCCUUUCUAGCUUACCUACUGAAAAACUUCCCCCCAAAAAGAAAAGAAUUAGGUUAGCUGAUCUUGAGCAUUCAUCUGCUGAAUCAAGUUUUGAGUCAACACUUUCAAGAAGUUUGAGUCGCGAGAGUAGCUUAUCUCGUGCGUCAAGUUUUUCAGCUUCAUUUGAUAAGGAAGAAUCCUCAAAAUCUGACAGUUCUACAAAAGCAGAAGGGGUAAAUAAAUCCUCUUCUGAGUUCCUGACCAUACCAACUGGUUUGAAUGUAUUUGGUGUUCAAAGAGAAAUGAAACGUGCAGCAUCCGAGCAAAUUAACUGUACACAACCUUCGAUGGAGGUCAUGGAUUACAGAAGUAAAUCUUUUGAUUGUGGAAGUAUGUCUCGGUCAAGGUCUAUGUCGCCAAUUAAUAUAAUUGCUCCAAAAUCUUAUGUAUGCACCUCAAGUAGUGGACACGUGCCUUUGCUGGAAAGGAGAAGAGGACCUUUAGUAAAACAAAUAUCUUUACAUAUUGGUUCAGAAAGCAGUAUUCCUGCAGCUAAAUCCAAACUUUUGAGUCUUCAAUCAGAUAAUCCUGUUUUAUUUCAAAGUAAUGUGCAAAUAAAUAGGUCCUUAUCAGAUGUUAAUGUAUACACUAAGGAAGUCAAUGAGAAAAAAUCUAAAAGUGACUUACAUGGUUCAGCUGAAAAUACAAACCUUCCAAGUGUCUUGUCCAUUCCACAUUCUGCAUCUUCUACUUUUGUACAUACCACUCAAACCUCCUUAUUCAAACAUGAUUUUGCUGGUAGCAUACACAGUACUACUAAAAGAGAAUAUAAAGAUACAAAUGUAGUUUCCCAAAAUGUGAACGAACAUGAAUCUUGCUUUGCACCGAAAUAUCAGCUAAAAGUUCAUAAACUUCAAGAAACUCAGUUUUAUAGUUCAGAUCCUGCUAUAAUCAUUUUGCCACAAAGAUCUUCUACAGAACGAGUACAUGAAAUCAAUAGCAACAAAUCUUGGAAUGCAACAAAUAAUGUAAUGGAUCCGCUGCAAAAGCAGGGCAAACCUAGUAAGCCAAGUGGUCAAUUUCAAAGUGUGUAUUCUAUAAAUGUUCCUGUUCAUAAUUAUAGUAAUUCUUUAUAUUAUGGAAUUUCCACUGCAAUGUCACUGCCUGAGAUAUUAGUUACACAGGAUCAAGGCAAUCCCAUUUUGUGUAAAGCAAGUUCAAUGCAUGUGCCAAAUCCUAGAGAAAAAAUUCUGAUGCCAAAGUCUCAGGAAGAACCCAUCAGACCUCUUCAAUGCCUAAACAAACAAUAUACCUAUGAUAAAAGUUCUCCAAAUGCCCCUGCUCAAAAAGUGCCAGUUUCUGGUCUAUUUCCUCAGCAAGAGACCUCUGCCUCAAGUAAGAGAAUGCUAUCACCAGCAAACAGUUUGGAUAUCGCAAUGGAAAAGCAUCAAAAACGUGUUAAAGAUGAAAGUGGUGCUCCAUGUAAUACCAGCCAACAGGUUCAUUUGUUGAGCAUGAAAGCUGGAGAAGUUUGCAAGCCAAGGAAACCAAUGUUAGUACGUCAACUUUGUACCACAGACCCAAGUGAUGGCUUAGAUCAGGAUGUUGCUCUUGUGCCUGACAGUAUUAACCAGGAAAACCCCACUUCUGAAAAAAUACUCAGUAACUUCCAUUCCCCUAAAAAAACGGUUUCUCCUGUUCCUGAGCAGGUAAAAAGUGCAGUAGAAUAUGAAACAAAUGAAUCCACUGAUUCAUCCAGUCCUGGAGUAGAAAUGUCACCAGAACCGUCUCCAGAAAAUACUCAAAUGUGUGCCUUGAAGUCUGUAUUUAGUGGUCAAGAGAGAAAGUCACCAGUUUCGAAGAACAUUCAGAUUCAAGGUCAAAUAAAACUAGGUGCUGCAAUAUCUGUGGUUAAUAUUGGGGACAUGCAUAGACUAUCAUUUCCAAGCUUGAAGACCUCAACAAGUUUUACCUGGUGUUAUCUGUUGAAACGGAGGCCAAUACACCUUCCUCAGAGUGACCAAAAGAUUUCUGCUUACGCUUCCUGGACCACUAGUCCUAAUAAUCCAAAUCCAUUUGGUUUAAUCACCAAAGUAGCACUUUCUCUUCUGAAUUCUAAACAGAAAUCUGAGAAAUUUAUAUUUACCCAAGUGAAAACCACUCACCCACGACGUGACAUUCUUGUCUAUUCAAGCAAAUGGAAAAAUAGUGCAAAAAAGUUAUAUUCCUACAAGCCUUUAGGAAGUCAACCGGAUGAUAAAACAAAUGCAGAGAUGGGUACUGAUCAAGAUAAAGAAUCUUUUCUAAACAAAAUGGAACCAAGAAGAGUCAAGAUAUUUGAUGGAGGGUACAAAUCAAAUGAGGAGUACGUGUAUGUCCGUGGCAGAGGAAGAGGGAAGUACAUUUGUGAGGAGUGUGGAAUACGAUGCAAAAAGCCCAGUAUGCUCAAAAAGCAUAUCCGUACACACACAGAUGUUCGACCUUACCACUGCAACUACUGUAAUUUCUCCUUCAAGACUAAAGGCAAUUUGACUAAGCAUAUGAAAUCUAAGGCACACAGCAAGAAAUGUAUGGAUAUGGGAGUUCCAGUUGGUCCAAUAGAUGAUCAAGAUACAGAUGAUUCUGGUGAAAGACCAAAGUACACUGGUGAGCGAUUAGGGAUUGAUGCAGAUGAUUCUGAUGGUGCAGAUGAUGAUGAUGAUAAUAACGAAGAUGAGGAUGAUGACAGCCAAGCUGAAUCUGGUCUUUCCGCCACUCCAUCUGUCACUGCCAGCCCACAACAUUAUCCCUUUAGAAACAGCCAGCAGGAGGCAUCAAGUGCAGACGAAGAUGGCAGAGUACCACACUGUUUUUCACAAUCCAAUUCAAUGGACAUUCUUCCCGAAGCACUAAUCACAAGGAUGACCGCACUUACCACUUCAACCAUCUGCAAGCCACAAAGUCGGGAGGAGAAGUGCAAGGAAUAUUUACAGCAGAAGACUCUUCUUCAAAAGACAGAAACACCAUCUCCCAAAUCCUUGGGCCAUCAAAUGUCUGUGGAUAAUCCUGACCAUGAGGAAAGUUUGGAGAAACCAGCAGAAAAGAACACUGCAGCUAUGGCAAAGAACACACCUGCUAUUAAUACACCAUCUUCACCGGUUGACAGAAGCACACAGACAAUGGAUUCUGGUGCAGAUCCAACAGGUUAUGAUAUUCACCAGCAAAAAUCAACUGACUCAACACAACAGCCUUCACCAAUGUCAACUGCUCAAACGCAUCUCUUUAGCCAUUUGCCUUUGCACUCACAGCAGCCUGUGAGGUCAUCUUACAGCAUGAUCCCAGUUGGAGGGAUUCAGAUUGUCCCUGCCAGUUUAACAGCGUAUUCCACAUUUGUGCCCUUGCAAGCUGGACCAGUCCAGCUUACAAUUCCUGCUGUUGGAGUAAUUCACAGAACUACAAGUGCUCUUGGUGACAAGGUUCCUGAGGCACCCAGUACCUCAAGCUCUAUCGGAGUAGCUGAAGUAAAUGGAGUUGUUCCAUGUAUUCCAAUAGGUCAAAUUAACAUGCCUGGUCUCAGUGCACCUAGCUUACAGCCCAUUCAGUCUUUGAACAUGGAAACAUUAAACAUACUGGGUCUGUCAAAUACAAACAUGGCUUCACAGAUUCAAUCUUCAGGGCUUACUCUAAAUGCUGUUGGAGUUCUGACAGCAGGCCCGGCUCCCCAGAACAAUCCCAGCCCACAGACUCACAUUCCAGGUCUUCAGAUAUUGAAUAUAGCACUGCCUACCUUAAUACCAUCUAUAAGUCCAUUAACUGUUGAAGGCCAUUUAGUACACGAGAAGUCACCAUCAAGCAGCACGACGCAUAGUCAGAUUCCAAUCAGUUCUUCUGGGACAGACACCAAAAAUGCAAGGAAGAACAACAAAUCUCCACAGGUUCUGCCAGAUGUUUCUGAGUCUCAAUCUCAUGGAAUGUCAAGUGAUUCCACUGUUGUUAAUGAAAAACACAUCACUUGCACUAGAAAAGUUGACACAGGGAACCUUCUGACCCAACAAUCUGUCAGGGCCAGUCAAUAUAAAACAUCAGCACCAAAUCUCUAUCUAAAGGUAAAUUCUGAAAGAUCAACCAGGCCGCCUCUUGGUCAAGCUUCUUCUCCUGUAAGACAUCAGAGAAGAGUGAAUCUGAUCUCACGGCAGAAUACUGUGCAAUUUAGUGAUUCAAGCAGUGAUGAUGACGAAGGCAAACUGGUUAUAGCAACUACAGACACUUGCUAGCAUUUUUUUUUAUUUUAGUUUGUUUUAUUUUCCUUUUGUAUUUCUUGGGGUAGGUUUGGAAAGAGAGACAUAAAGGUUUAUUAUAAAACCUUCCUGAUCUUUAAAGCACAUUUUUAUCUUAAACUUUACCUAUAUGUGUGCAAUCAUGAACUCUUGACCAAUAAAUGUUUUUGUUUGUUUGUUUUUUUCUCUUGUCAGCUCCCACCAUUUUUGUACAUGUUGUAUAGACAAUUGUGCCUUUCAGAGUUUUAUGUGUAGAAAUAUGUACAUA